UUGAACUCGAAGUGCGUCCCGUUUUCUCCUCGACGCUCUCCUCCUUUCCUUUAGCACUUCAUAAACCUUUCCGUAACGCCAAAUUCUUGUUCAUCAAGAAAGUGCCGCCACAAACAAAAGGCGCGAGGUAUUGUGAUCGAUCAGCUUCUUGCAUUCCUUUGAUUUGCCUGCCUCGUGCGCUUGGGACAUCGUAGAAUCAUGACCUCCUCUCUUCUUCCUCCUCGUGCCUCCGUUCGUUCCGGACUCGAUACGAUGGAAUAUGAUUGCAGUGUUCGACGUCUCGACAUUUCGAUGAUGAUGAUUUCCGAUGGAUCUGAAGUGGGAAGAGCAUGCCAAGCUUCUAUGUCAAUCAACUCUCGUGCAAACCAUCUCGAACACCCACCUUUUUAGAUAUGUCUUUUAUAUUUACCGGAAGAGGAGGAGGCAAAGUUUAUAAGAAGUAAUUUGAUCUUGGCAGCGAUUCGGGGAAAGAGCCGGGAAAAUUUCUGCGGGUGUAUGAACAGCGAUUAUCUGUAGUCCACGAAGCAUGGGGAAGCGAUGAAAACCGGAAGCAAACGACCGACAUCGAUGCGCAACAGGUGGACGACGAGACGAUCGAAUUGAAUGAGUAUCGAAGCGAAAGAGGCUGCAGCUUUGAAAGCGAGAACGAGAUCAUUUCUCGUCCCAGCAACGGCCACCAGGAAUCUGGAGUUCGUGAGUUCGCCACCGAAGCCGAGAAUUCUUAGGUCUUGGCCGAUGUGAUGUGAUGGUGGUUCACGGAUUCGCCGAGAAUUUCCAGCAGGUGCCUUGUGCUUCCGCGAGCGGAUGCACGAGUUGAAAAACUGUGACGACGAGGACGGAACGAGGGAAGCUGGUCAGGCCGCCUGCCCUCCCUGUCUCGUGGUGCUUCUUGCAUCUUGCACGAGUCGAGGCAAGACGGGGGCUGCAAAGGAGGCAGGGAAGCAGGUGGAGUGAAGAUGCAGGGCGGCAGGGGAGGAGGUGGGAGGCAAGGAUACAAUGCUCGCGGGAACGGAAGCGCAGGCGCAAAUCACUUGAACGCAGCAGCGGGAGCGGGAAAUGUAGCUUACGGCGGAAUGCCGGGCUACUUUUUCAAUCCCUGGCUGGGCUUCAAUGCAUACAAUGUGCAAGGGCUGAUGCCCUUGCCGCCCGUGCCCUCUCGAACAUACAACAAUAGCAACCACCGCGGAUCUGCUUCCGGUGCCUCUGCCGCAUUCGUUCCGCUGGGAGUGCAAGGAGCCGGCAUUUUGAAGCGCCCGUCGGGGUCUCCGCAGGGGCCACUGGCGCACGGCCACCGAAGGCAUUCUCGCGGUCAUGGCGGGCGAUCUUGGGGCAGUCGCGGCCGGAAAGAGAAGAAUUCGGCGAAUUUGACCAAGGAAGCUCUGGACGCCGACCUCGAUGAGUGGAGGAUGAAGGACAAAAAACUCGGCAGUAAUUCUCUGGACGCAGACCUCGACGAAUACUGGAAGAAAAAGAACGAGAUGGAAGCGGAGCAGGACGAGGAGGGCGACGACGACGUCGACGACGAGACGAACGAUUCCAAAUCGAAGCUCGUGGCCGAAGGCAGCAGCGGCCCCAGAAGAGAAGCCUCAGCUGCCAAAGACGACAAGGUCGCUUCCCGCAACGGCUACAAGGACUCCGCCAAAGCCGAGAAGUCCUAAAUCUCUCUCUCUCUCUCUCUUCUGCACCUCGAGAUGCUGCGCGACGGAGGAUUGCGAUUUUUGGAGAGAGGCAUGUCAAUCAGACGAAUCAAUUGUUCGAUCAAACUGGGAAAGAUACUCUUCGACGUUAAUACAGGCGCAGAAAGAAGCCCUACGAUGAUGACGAUGAUGAAGUAGAUAGACACGGCAUAGGCCUACGGGCGAUUUCGAUUUCUCACGAGUCUCCGAGGCUGUCGUGUACGUCGAUCACUUUUAGCGUAGAAGGUUAGGUAAGUGAAUCACCAGUUUUGUAGAACUAGUUGUAGAUCAAUGGCCACCUGCCACUGCUGUACAUUACAUUCAUGAACUGGAAUUGGCAUGUAUGGAGUGCUGGCAUUUUGUACGAUCCAAAGUUCGAACCCUAUGAUAUCCGCUUUCUGUUGUCGGAAGCUUGCGAGUAAGAGGCACCGUCCUGAUCACAAUAACCCGGCGAAGCUAAGUCCUGCAACCGGAUCAGGACGUACAAGCUUAUUAGCCUCGGCUAUUCUUGGCAGUUCAUUGAACCUUGACACUUGACUCUUCUCUUAGC